AUGCGUGCGGAGCAUGCGCGGGGCGGAGCGAGCGAAAUUCAAGCUCUAGACUCCCGCCGAGACUACUGGAACCCAAGGGCUAUGGAGGCGUCCCGAGGGCUUGUGGAAGCGGAGGCCUUAAGCCCAGAGCAGGCUGCCCAUUACCUGAGAUAUGUCAAAGAGGCCAAAGAAGCAACUAAGAAUGGAAAUCUGGAAGAAGCAUUUAAACUUUUCAAUUUGGCAAAGGACAUUUUUCCCAAUGAAAAGGUGAUGAGCAGAAUCCAAAAAAUACAGGAAGCCUUGGAGGAACUUGCAGGAAAUGGAGAUGAUGAAUUUACAGAUGUGUGCAACUCUGGCCUGCUGCUUUAUCGAGAACUGCACAACCAACUCUUUGAGCACCAGAAGGAAGGUGUAGCUUUCCUCUAUAACCUAUAUAAGGAUGGAAGAAAAGGUGGUAUCUUGGCAGAUGAUAUGGGAUUAGGGAAGACUGUUCAAAUCAUUGCUUUCCUUUCUGGUAUGUUUGAUGCUUCACUUGUGAAUUAUGUGCUGCUGAUCAUGCCCACUAAUCUUAUUAACACAUGGGUAAAAGAAUUUGUCAAGUGGACUCCAGGAAUGAGAGUUAAAACCUUUCAUGGUCCCAGCAAGUAUGAACGUACCAGAAACCUCAAUCGGAUUCAGCAAAGGAAUGGUGUCAUUAUCACUACAUACCAAAUGUUAAUCAAUAAUUGGCAGCAACUUUCAAGCUUUAAUGGUCAAGAGUUUGUGUGGGACUAUGUUAUCCUUGAUGAAGCACAUAAAAUAAAAACCUCUUCUACUAAAUCGGCAAUAUGUGCUCGUGCUAUCCCUGCAAGUAAUCGCCUCCUUCUCACAGGAACCCCAAUCCAGAAUAAUUUACAAGAACUAUGGUCCCUAUUUGAUUUUGCUUGUCAAGGAUCCCUGCUAGGAACAUUAAAAACUUUUAAAAUGGAAUAUGAAAAUCCUAUUACUAGAGCAAGAGAGAAGGAUGCUACCCCAGGGGAAAAAGCAUUGGGAUUUAAAAUGUCUGAAAACUUAAUGGCAAUCAUAAAACCCUAUUUUCUCAGGAGGACUAAAGAAGAAGUACAGAAGAAAAAAUCAAGCAACCUAGAAGUCAGACUUAGUGAAAAGAAUCCAGAUGUUGAUGCCAUUUGUGAAAUGCCUUCUCUUUCCAGGAAAAAUGAUUUAAUUAUUUGGAUACGUCUUGUGCCUUUACAAGAAGAAAUAUACAGGAAAUUUGUGUCUUUAGAUCAUAUCAAGGAGUUGCUAAUGGAGACACGUUCACCUUUGGCUGAGCUAGCUGUCCUAAAGAAGUUGUGUGAUCAUCCUAGACUGCUGUCUGCACGGGCUUGUCAUUUGCUGAAUGUAGGGACUGUCACAUUUUCUACUCAAGAUGAAAACGAUGGGGAAGAUUCCCCAGAUAUGGACCAUAUAGAUAAAAUAACUGAUGAUACAUUGAUGGAAGAAUCUGGGAAAAUGAUAUUCCUAAUGGACCUACUUAAGAGACUGCGAGAUGAGGGUCAUCAAACUCUGGUGUUUUCCCAGUCGAGACAAAUUCUAAACAUCAUUGAACGCCUCUUAAAGAAUAGUCACUUCAAGACAUUGCGAAUUGAUGGAACAAUUACACAUCUUUUGGAACGAGAAAAACGAAUUAACUUAUUCCAACAAGAUAAAAAUUACUCUGUUUUUCUGCUUACAACUCAAGUAGGUGGUGUUGGUUUAACAUUAACUGCAGCAACUAGAGUAGUCAUUUUUGACCCUAGCUGGAAUCCUGCAACUGAUGCUCAAGCUGUGGAUAGAGUUUACCGAAUUGGACAAAAAGAAAAUGUGGUGGUUUAUAGGCUAAUCACCUGUGGGACUGUAGAGGAAAAAAUAUACAGAAGACAGGUUUUCAAGGACUCAAUAAUAAGACAAACUACUGGUGAAAAGAAGAACCCUUUCCGAUAUUUUAGUAAACAAGAAUUAAGAGAGCUCUUUACAGUUGAAGAUCUUCAGAACUCUGUAACCCAGCUGCAACUUCAGUCUCUGCAUGCUGCUCAGAGGAGAUCUGAUAAGAAACUAGAUGAACAUAUUGCCUACUUGCACUCUUUGGGGAUAGCCGGAAUCUCAGACCAUGAUUUGAUGUACUCAUGUGAUCUGUCUGUAAAAGAUGAGCUUGAUGAGAUAGAAGAAUCUCAGUAUAUUCAACAUAGGGUUCAGAAAGCUCAAUUCCUUGUUGAAUUAGAGUCUCAAAAUACAGGGUUCCUGGUGGAACAACAAAAAACUCGCAAUGAGGGAGCCUGGCUAAGAGAACCUGUAUUUCCUUCUAAAACAAAGAAGAAAUGCCCUAAAUUGAAUAAACCACAGCUUCCACUUUCACCUCUUAUAACUACUUGUCAUAUCCAGGAAGAAGAUAUCAGUUCCCAAACGGCAGGUAUAAUCGUUGAUGAUCUGCCCAAAGAGGGUGAGAAACAAGAUCUCGCCAGUAUAAAGAACAUUACUGUCCUGCAAGAUGGUAGGCACUUGUGCAAAAGUACAUUUGAUGCUGACUCUAUAGCUGCUUUACCCAAGGGGUUUGGAAGUAUGGAAGAAAUUUGGACUGACUCUUUAUUGGGAAUGGCAAAAAGCUUUGGAACUAAAAAUGAAGCUCUGAAAAAAGAGGCAUUACAAGAAAGGUCUAAGCAGGAGGCACUGCAAGAGAACCCUCCAGAAAGUUUUAAUUAUUUACUUAACAAAUCAGCCAAAGCUGAUAUUGGGCCAAAUCUAGAUCAACUGAAGGAUGAUGACAUCUUACAACAUUGCUGUCCUUGGCCCAUUAUUCCCAUAACAAAUGAAAAUAAAAAUACAGAAUUGAAUGUAUCUGUUAUUGAAAUAGCUGAUAACUUGUCAGCAUCCCAUAGUGCACUGCAGGAUGCUCAAGCAAAUAAGGCUGAGUUGGAAGAAGAACCUUCAACAUGUUUACCACAAUAUGCAUGUGAUUUCAAUCUGUUCUUGGAAGACUCUGCAGACAAUGGACAGAAUCCUUCCAGUCUGUCUUCAGAGCAUGUUGAGAAAGAAAAUAGCCUCUGUGGCUCUGCAGCUAAUUCCAAAGCAGAGUCUGUGCAUAGCAAAGCAUGUCUCAGUUGGAAUUUAUCUGAGAAAGAUGAUGAAACAGAAGAAGUAGUAGCUAAUACAAAAAUUAGAAGGAAGGCUAGAAGGAUCGUUUAUGAAGAUGAAGAUGAAGAUGAUUCUUUUAAAGGUAUUUCCAGUACAAAUCUAUUCAACACGUCUCCCUUUCAAUUCUCAUCUGUGAAACAAUUUGAUGCUUCAACUCCCAAAAGUAACAUCAGUCUGCCUGGAAGGUUCUUUUCACCUGGAGUAUCCAGUAGUGUAAAUAAGUCUAUAAACUCCAGAAGAUCUCUAGCUUCUAGGAGGUCUCUUAUUAAUGUAGUUUUCGACCAUGUGGAGGAUAUGGAGGAAGGAUUUGACAACAGCAGUGAAGAUAAGGGUGCUGAAGAUUAUCCAGAAGAAGGGGCAGAGGAAAGCAGUGGUGAAGCCUCUGAGUGUUCAGAAAAGGAUCCUUCUGGAGAAAUACUGUCUGAAGAAAACAAAUCCAGCUGGUUGUCUAUGUCUAAGCCUAGUGCGCUAGCUCAGGAGACCUCUCCUGGUGACCCUGAGUCUCUGUCUGGUAAAGAGUUGGUUGAUUCUCCCAAGGAUAAGGCAGUGGAGGCUGCGAAUGAGUAUGAGACUCUUGUAAUACGUGGAAAAGAACUAAAGGAGUGUGGAAAACUACAGGAGGCCCUAAACUGCUUAGUUAAAGCACUUGACAUAAAAAGUGCAGAUCCUGAAGUCAUGCUCUUGACUUUAAGUUUGUAUAAGCAACUUAACACUUGAGAAUGUAACCUGUUUAUUGUAUUUUAAAGUGAAAUUGAAUAUGAGGUACUUUUUGUUUCCAUAAUUGUGUUCUCUGAGAGCAUGAAGCAUUCAGGCUUAAGGGACAAAGCUCUCAAAAAGCAU